AGAGGGUAUCGUCCUUAACGAUAGUGUUUUAAAGCAAAUAUUUUCAGUGGCAGCAUUGGUACUGUCGAAUUCACAAAUUAUGAAUUACUGAAAAGUAGAAAAUAAAACAACUAAAUAGCGGCGUAUGAUACGCUGUGGGUCGGCUCGUAUAAUAUAAUAUAACAACAGUCAGUAACAGUAACACACAAUCAUGGGUCAUCUCUUAAUUAACUAUUCUGGAUGAAAAAACUGGAUGACAGCACAGCAUGACACCAUCUAAAGAGGAUCGUCAAAACAAAAAUUAGUGAAUUUUAAUGAAAAAGUCUGCUUUUCCCAAUUAGUUUAAUAAUAACAAAGAGGACGUCAUAUUUGAUGUAACCUUGUCAAUCUAGAUCUAUUAGAGUACUCACACUGAAGUCAAUGAUGCAACAAGAGGGAUACUGAAGACGCAAAAUAUAUUUUGACUCCGGAAACCAUUCCACUUCUAUAUCAGCAAUGGGUGAUGGAGAUAAUGAGAUAAAUCUUGGAAAUAAAAGAAUUGCAAAGCUUGCUUAUUAUGGAUCAGUUAAUAUUGAAGAAGAAACCGGAAAAUUAAAGCAGAUUUCAUUAAAUAACCCUUAUGAGUAUUCACCAAAGGAACAAAGUUGUACUGUGCAAAACAUAGAUAUAAAAAAAGAUAAAGAGGCGCAAAUCAAUGCUGUUAUAAAGUUUAUUGAAUAUGCAAGAGAUAGCAAAACCCCACGAGGUCUAGUUUUGAACCCAGCUAAGGUGUCUAAAGUUACCUGCAAUAAAAGUCCAGAAAGCUCAGACUUUUUACAAAGUGGCCGGAGCUUAGGAAAAGGUGCAAAUGCUGAGGUUUUUCUGGUCAAAGACAGGCAGACUGGUCAAGACGUGGCAUUAAAAACGAUCAUGUUGGCCAGGUUCCAAGGAGAUGAAAUCCGUGCGUGGAUCCACCUGGGGGAGGAGGGGAUAGCUCCUGAGUUGUAUCAUUUUGAGAUGGUCAACAACAAGGUUGUUAUGACCAUGGAGCCCAUCACAGGCAUGACACUCCAGGAAGUGAUAGACAAGAACCUGCUUGAGGAUCCGUUAGAUGCAGCAGCUUUCUCCUACGUUGUUCUGGAAGGUCUGUUGAAUGCCUUUGAGAAGCUGAAAUCUAAGGGCUACACUCAUGGGGACAUGCACGCGGGGAACGUAAUGGUGGAUCAGGAUCUGUCAGUUAAAAUCUUGGACUUUGGACUGGCCAGGAAGUUACUACAUGAUCCCAAUCAAGACAGCCAAUGUGUCAAGAAUGACGUCGUAGGAAUUAUAAGCAUGUUCUGUGCAUUAUAUUCAGGCUUUGAUGAAAAAAGUUUAAACUACUGGCAGAAACUACUGGAGGAAAAUGAUUUUGAAUCUCUAAGUGAAUACAUGACACAUUUACCCAUGACCCAGCGACAAGAGAUGUUUGCGAUAAUGAGCAAACUUUUUGACACUGUCAGAGACAAGAGACAAGAAAAUUUUGGAGACCCAACUCGUGUGAGAGAUCAUUUUCCUGAAGGAUUUCAAGAAGCUCGCAAAAAGCUGGCAGUCUUGUUGUUCCCAGAGAGGUAUCAGCCCAAGGAGCAGGCAGACAGUGUGAUGACCUUUGAGUCUGACUAUACGGGCAGCAUAUGGGACAACCCUGAGCUGGAUCUGUACACCAAACUUAUCACAGAUGAGGAGCUGACCAAACUGGCAGGCUUUACCAUUCUGUGAUGGACUGGCAGGCUUUUCCAUUCUGUGAUUGUAGUCAUGUUGGCACAGAAAUUUGUUAGAUACAAUCUGGCAUUAGUUUAAUUUAUGUGGCCAGGUACAUCAGCUAAUAAUCUACUUGUUUUGUCCACUGUGGCCUUAGCUUUACUACUCUUUAUAUGGUUUUCUCUCUUGGUGCUGCCCCAUAUAUGUCAUGACAAGUCUCUCACUGGGGAGUCAUGACACAGGGGAGUCAUGACAAGUCUCUCACUG